AUGGCAGAGCCCACACAGCGUCCACCGCCUCUCAUUGCCAAGCUACUACGAUUGGACAAUCCAAUUCGUAGCUUGACAGUCGCAUUCUGGCUAUGGAAGGUGUUGCUUUACAGUGUGGUGACCCUCUGUCCAGGGCUGGGCUAUGACACCUCCACCUCGUUGCUCCUGUAUGGAGACCCUGCAACCCAGUCUUUGUCAGGGCCUCUCAAGUUUGCCCGGUGGGACAGCAUCUAUUUCGUGGAUAUCGCGGAAAAGGGAUACACAUUCGAACAACAAUGGGCGUUUGGCUACCCAAAGCUGUUGAGUCUCUUCGUCUCUGGCAUUCGUCUCUCUGGCGGUGUGACCGGACCAGCUAGCACGGCAAUGGUGGGAGUAGCUCUCUCACAUGUCACUCAUUACCUGUCCGUGCUGGCUCUCUAUCGACUAUCAGCCAACAUCUUUGGUCAUGCCACGGCCACGCAGCAUCUCAUCUGUUUCCUGUCGGCAGCUCUUCACAUCAUUUCCCCCGCCGGCGCCUUCUUGUCUGCGCCUUAUGGAGAACCCGUCGUGUCUUUCCUCAACAUGACCGGGUUCUACCUCUACUCGUCAUCGCUAAUUGCGGAACGGAAUGGCUCGUCUCGCCUUCGGGACGUGAGGGUCUUGACCUCUGCCGUUCUCUUCGCGGUUGCCACUCUAGUUCGCAGCAAUGGGAUCCUGAGUGGAUUUCUGUUUGCUUACGAUGCAGUCGUCUUGGCCUGGAAGACCGUGACACGGGGCCCGACGGUGCACAACACGGUUCGUCUGGCUGUGAUCAUCCUCGGUGGCUGUAUCGUCGCAUCUAGCAUGAUCAUCCCUCAGAUUCUAGCAUACCGCAUCUACUGCCUGGCCGAGUCCGAUGUGCGCCCAUGGUGUGAGUGGACCGUGCCUAGCAUCUACGGCUGGGUCCAGAGCCAUUAUUGGGAUGUUGGUUUCCUGCGGUACUGGACGAUUUCGAACUUACCGCUUUUCCUGUUGGCGGCACCCAUGCUGGCCCUCCUGUGUCGUUCCUCGUGGUGGGCUUUGGCCAGUCCUUCGUCUUCUUCCACCAGCCCAGGAUCAAUGCUCACUCGGCUGGCGAUCCCCCAGGGCAUACUGGCGGUCAUGGCUUUCACCAGCUACCACGUUCAAAUCAUCAACCGGAUUUCCUCGGGAUAUCCCGUGUGGUAUUGGUUUUUGGUGACCAGUGCCGUGGACUUUGAUACCAGCUCACUGAAAAAGAGCCGCACUCUCGUUGUUGCCGUGUACGGUGUGGUGGCAUAUGCGUUGAUCCAGGGGGUUCUUUUUGGUUCCUUUUUGCCGCCGGCGUAA